GUGAAUAUCAUGAAUUUUUUCCUGCCUCCAAGUCCUCAUCUGGGUCGUCACUGCCUCCUCUAUAAAGCCAACACCAUUUCCCUUCUACGCUGCGAAAGCACCACCCGUCACAGAGUAAGACAUUUUUAAAAGGUUAAUCAAAAGUGAAGCUGUGAUGAUGAUGAAUGGCCAAAAAGUGCCGCCACUGGAGGUGGCUGUGCAGCUACCGGACUCCAAGGUGGCUGCUAUGGAGAACAGUGGCACAAUGAGUGGGCCGCUGAUGGGGACGACGAGGCCUUUUGCACGGAAAGCUGAAGUCUUGCACGUGGCACUUAGGCUGUUGUGCAUGGCCACAUCUGUGGCAGCUCUUUCGUUUAUGGUCACAGCCCAUCAGUCCAGCUCUGUCUCCAUCUAUGGGUUUAAGCUUCCUGUUUACUCUAAGUGGUCCUUCUCUCACUCGUUCAUGUAUUUAGUUGGAGUCUCAGCAGCUGUAGUUGCACACUCCUUGCUGCAACUGCUAAUUAGCAUGUCAAGGUUGCUUAGAAAAUCUCCAGUGAUUACAUCAAGGAGUCAUGCAUGGCUUAUUUUUGCAGGCGAUCAGGUGUUUGCAUAUGCAAUGAUUGGUGCUGGGGCUGCUGCAUCAGGGGUCACCAACCUGAACCGCACAGGAAUCCAACAUGCCCCUUUGCCAAAUUUCUGCAAGCCCUUACACUACUUCUGUGACCAUGUUGCUGUCUCUAUAGCCUUCACUUUUUUCAGCUGCUUCUUGCUUGCUGCAUUGGCCGUUCAUGAGGUUAUGUGGCUCUCCAAGUCAAAGUAUUGAAGUUCCUUUGCCUUCGAUACUGGAUGUUUGCGCACUUAUAUGAGCAUGUACACUUUUAGGAAAUAUAUAUAUGCUCUAAUUAGUUCCACUGAUCGACUUUCUUAAUGGAAAAUUCUGUAGUUUACCACGUUUAAGUUGCCUUAAUUAGUAAAGAGCAAAGAUGGGGGUUUAUCUAAUUAUGAUAACAUGUUCUAAUUCAGUGAUUA